AUGACGAAGGUAGAACUCCGUUAUUUCAUAUCAUUAUUAGUAGCAGUGGAAAAAAGUGUAAAAACCCCAGUCACUCAGAUGAGUGUAUCUGUGACAAUUGUUUGGAUCUACGGACAAGAAUUAUUGCUGAAUAUGCAGAUUGGAUUCCCUUUGACAGAAGAUGUACGAAAAGCGGAAAAAGCGUUCAAAUAUGGCGAUAUUAAUAGACAGGUCAUGUCGCCAUUACAUCAUAAGAGAUAUCACAGUGUGCGGUGGAAGGGUGAAGCUCAUUAUGAGGGUAUACAAGAAUGUGCGGAAUCUGAAUGA